UCUUCGCGCUCUUCGCAAAGCAUUUUGGGAUCAAAUCCAUUGCUGACGGAAGCGAAUGCCAACCGAAUCGUCGACACGUUGUGUCGCGUGAGAGGAGCGGCCCUUAAAUUGGGACAAAUGCUGAGCAUUCAAGACAGCACUUUGGUUAGCCCUGAACUGCAGGCCAUCUUCGAGAGGGUGAGACAAUCGGCAGACUUUAUGCCCGUCCGGCAGAUGAAGAAAGUGAUGAGAGACGAGUUGGGAGACGAAUGGCAGUCGAAGUUCAAGAGUUUCGAUGAGAAGCCGUUUGCGGCCGCGUCUAUAGGACAGGUGCACAGAGCGACACUUCCCUCAGGACUCGAAGUGGCCGUCAAAAUACAAUACCCCGGAGUGGCCGAUGGCAUUGAAAGUGAUAUCAAAAACCUGUUAUCAGUGCUUAAGUUUGGAAACUUUCUACCGGAGGGUCUGUUUGUGGAGAAUAUAAUGCGUUACGCCAGAAAAGAGUUGAGUUGGGAAGUGAACUAUAAUAGGGAAGCCUUGUGUCAACAUAAAUACAGACAACUGCUCGCCACUCACUCUAAUACCGAUGGCUUUUAUGUGCCUAAAGUUAUUGACGAGUUGUCCACCAAAAGAGUGUUCACUUCUGAGAUGAUUAGUGGAGUACCUGUCGAUAGAUUGGAGAAAAUGGAGUCAAUUCCUCAACAAUUAAAGAAUAGAAUCGCAAAACAAUUACUGAAUUUGUGUUUAAGAGAAAUAUUUGAGUUUCAAUUCAUGCAAACGGAUCCCAAUUGGUCUAACUUUUACUAUGACAUCGAUUCCGACGUCAUCUCACUUCUCGACUUUGGCUCCAGUCGUGAGUACAGCAAAGAGUUUGUCAACAGUUAUAUGGAUGUCAUCAGAGCGGCGGCAGAUCAGGACAGGGAGCGAGUGGUCGACACCUCCAAGAAGAUUGGUUUCCUCACCGGAUAUGAGACACAGAUCUUUGAGAGGACGCACACCAAUGCUAUCAUGAUUUUAGGCGAAGCUUUCGCUUCCGAUGGUUUGUUUGAUUUCGGAGACCAAAAGACCACUAAAAGAAUUCACGAAUUGAUGCCAAUUCUCAUGAAAUACCGGUUGACUCCACCGCCAGAAGAGAUAUAUUCACUUCACCGCAAGAUAUCCGGAGUGUUUCUCCUCUGCACUAAACUUAAGGCCAAAAUUGACUGCAAAGAGAUGUUUGAAGAGAUAUAUUCUCACUACGAGUACUGA